AAAGAAGAAGUAAUAAAGGGGGGUUCGUUCGCAGUGGGUAACUUAUCUUGACGAGGAGCAACCAACGAUAUAUAUAGGCUUAAUGUCACAAUUAAGAAUUUAAGUCCCUUCUUCUUAUCACUUCCUCUACACAGCUGUCCUUGCAGCUUUCUUCUAGGGGAGAGAGAGAUCGAGAGAUCGAGAGAUUUUGUAUCUAAUCAUCAAAAACGAUGCAGGUUGCUUUCCCUUCUUCGUCCAUCGACGAUGAACGCUUAACGGAGAUGUCCAUGAAGUUGAGCGAGGAUUUCACCAAGAAGCUGGCGUUUUCAGAAGAGGGUGAAGAAAUUCGAAAACUCGAGAGAUCUUGGAGUGAACUCGAAGACUCCGUCGAGUUCCACGAGGAAGAGGAAGCAGAAGAUGCAGACGAAGAAGAUGAAGAGGAAGAAGAAGAAGAGUUCUCCUUCGCUUGUGUAAACGCAGAAGGAUCUCCGAUAACCGCCGAAGAAGCCUUCGAGGAUGGUCAGAUCCGUCCUGUCUUCCCUCUCUUCAACCGCGCUCUCCUCUUCGACCAAAACGACGGCGUUUCGGCGACCGACGACGACAGCGAGAGUAUCCGGCCGCGUGUUAGAAAGGUGUUCGUGGAGGAUCGCGACGGAGACGGCGAGGGUAAGAAGGCAGAGGAGGGUUCGUUGGGAACGUACUGUUCGUGGUCGGGCGGAACGGUGGCGGAAGCGUCGCCGGAGACUUGCCGGAAGAGCAACUCGACGGGAUUCUCGAAGCUCUGGAGAUUCAGGGAUCUCGUGUUGAGAAGCAACAGCGACGGAAGAGACGCGUUUGUUUUCCUGAACAACAGUAACGCCGCCGUCGGUGACAAAACUCAGUCGUCGUCUUCUUCUUCAAGGGCAGCGAAAUUGACCAGCGAAGAUGGUAAGGAGGAGAAAAAGUCAACAAAGGCGAAAAAAGGGAAAGAGAAAGAGAAAACGACGUCGUCGGAGAAGAGGACUAAAUCAGCGCACGAGAAACUCUACAUGAGAAACAGAGCGUUGAAGGAAGAAGUGAAACACAGAUCGUAUCUUCCGUACAAGCAAGUUGGGUUCUUCACUAAUGUGAAUGGCCUUAGCAGAAACAUCCAUCCUUUCUGACAAAAUUAGUCAGAAUUAUAUUUUUCUUUUACAAAAAUUUAAACUUAAAAUUUUAGGUUCGUUGGAUGUUUCUUUUUUUUGUUUGAUUGGAAAAACAAAUGAAAUUACUCUUCUCAUGGGUCCCUUCUGUUUGGUAGCUUGGUUUAAUUGAUAGCAGAAAGGUGUACCGUUUUCUCUUAACUAUUAUAAGUGUACUGUGAAGAAGAGCUUGGCUUUGUAUUAAACCAUUUUGUAAGUAAAUAAAUAUGCAAUUAGUUAUA